CCACCGACUGUCGUGGCGUGCGGACGUCGUGUCGGCUGAGUAAAGAUACGCUUGUCGGUCGUACGUUUGUGUAGUGGUGUUCGUGUUCGUGUUUUGUGAUUGACUAUGAGGACAUAAAUGGUGUUUGGUUCGGAAGAUUUUAGGACGUAAUUAGAUAAAACAAAGUGGUGUACAGUGAAAAUGCGAGUGACUUAGUGAAGUGUUCAAUAUGAAGACCUCUAGUUUGGUGCUGACACUCAUUUGUGUCAUCUCGCUGACCUGCACGCAUGCCAAAACUGGAUACUUUUGGCACAUAACAGACUUCCACUAUGACCCCCUCUACACAUCACAAGGCGACACUAGAAGACAUUGUCGAAGAGCUGACGAACGGGGCAGCUCAGGCCACCACCGGGCGCUGGGCCGCUUUGGAGACUACUCGUGUGACAGCUCGCUGGAGCUGAUCGAGUCAGCUGCGCGGUAUAUGCGCACGAGGCAUUCUGAGAACGUCGAGUUCGUGUUAUGGACUGGCGACAUCAUCGCAGCCCGCUACACAGGGAAUGAGGACGACAAGAUUCAAGCCAUCAGAAACAUGACGGAACUGCUCAGCAGGACAUUCAGUUCCCACUUCGUGUUCCCAGUGCUGGGUCACCUUGACCCGGCGCCGUCAGAGAGCCUGACUAACAUGUGGAUGCACUGGCUGCCUUUGGAGGCGUUGCAGACUUUUAAAUAUGGUGGUUACUACACGAUAGAGCAGAAACAGAGCAAGCUUCGAAUAGUGGCGCUGAACACGAAUUUGUUCAGCGUCCGGGAUUCGAACAGCCCGCAAGCCAAGAAACAGUGGGAGUGGCUGGAUUCCGUGCUAGAAAAAUCUAUCACUAAUAAAGAAAUGGUUUACAUAGUAGGCCACGCAGCACCAGGAUCAGACUCCCGUCACCCCUACGAUAUGUCAGCAGACGCCAACGCUAAAUACCUACGCAUGGUCCGACGCCACGCCAAGAUUAUAGCUGGCCAGUUCUUCGGGCACCUCCAUGCUGACACCUUCCGAGUUAUCUAUGAUAAUGAUCGGCCAGUAUCGUGGACGUUCAUGGCUCCGUCAGUGAGUCCUCACCGCGACCCAGCCGACUCCUCCAACCCUGGACUCAGGCUGUACAAGUUUGACACCAAUACGGGGAAGGUGUUAGACUACACACAGUACUUCCUAGACCUGGCAGCAGCCAACAGGAACCUAGCAGAGUGGACGGCAGAGUACAACCUGACCCAGUACUAUGGGCUGCACGAGGUCUCUGCCAUGUCGCUGCACAAUCUUGCCGAUAAGCUGCAGAUUGGCACGCCGCAUGAGACCAAUAUAUUUCACAAGUACUUACGCGCGUACCGCGUUCGACACGAAAGCUCGGAGUCCUGCGAUGGUGCGUGCGCCCACCAGCACUUUUGCGCUAUAACGUGUUUAGAGCACGUUGCUUACCGUCAAUGCGUUGAAGCGGCUGCAAGCGCUUUAGCCGCUGCAGGGGACUCGGCACCGCUCACGUUACCGCUUUUCAAUACUUUAGCGUUUUUAAUCGCUUGUGUCAUCGUUGUUAUGUAAUUUUGUUUACAGGAAUGUUCUAGAAUAAUACUGUAUUUUAUGGAAGCGUGAACAUAAUAGGUUUAGUAACGUAUUUAUUUUAUUUAGGAUAUCAGAAAAAACUGAUAUUCUUUCUAGCAUUCAAGUGUUUAGGUUUCACUAAGGAGGCUUAUUUCAAUAAAACAAAUGAACGUUUUUGUUUUCCAUAUUUAUCAAUCUUAUUUUCCCCGUCCAUGCUUGUUUGUCGAACUCAAUAAUACUUGUAUGCUCAUAAAUUUUUAAGGUAAAUUCACAAAGAAAAGUGGAAUUACAUAAAUUUUCGCUCAGACACGUGCUUCGAACACAUUGUGACGUCGAACGUUUGAAUGCCUCGGGCGUUUCCGCAUCGCUCAAUCCGAUUUGACGUAAAAAUAAUGUUCAUUUUUUUAUUGUGUAUUCAAAAAUUAUGUUAUUCUUUUUUCGUUUUAUUGUUUUAUAAAAGUUACUUUAGUAUUUUUUCUUGAAAUGUUUUAUGAAUUGAAUUUGGAAUAUUGGUUAUUCUAAAAUUGAAUUAUAUAGUAUUUUGAAUUGUAAUUAACACGGAAAAUGUGCAAGGAAUAAUAGAUAUCAUUAUUAUGCAUUUUUUUUAUGAAAAUGAUUUAAAAAAAUAUAUUAUGGAUAGCUCAAAAUGAAUGCCUAACUGGAUUUAUGAAACAAACGAUUUCUGUAUUAAUAAUAAUUUUCCAUUUAAAACUAAAGAUCUCAUAUUUGACAUGUAAAUAUAAAUGUGCUUCAAAAGUAUAAUAUAGGUAUUACAAGGCUACUUAAAAUUAAUUUGGGAGGCUUCGCAGAAGACUUA